UCGGUCAUCCAAAGUCGGGAAAUAAUACAUAUGCUUGUUUAGUGAUGCUCAGUUCCCGUUCAUUUAAUACAAUCGUAAAAGGGGCAACAAGUGUUUUAAAUCAAUGGUCAUCCCCAAAAUGUCAAACAUAUUUUUAUUCUGCAAUGCUACAUGCACGUUCCUGCUUCAGUUCCGCUUUUUUAUUUGUUAUUUGCUGGUGAUUUUCCAUUGCUUUUUUCCACGGGUCAAACUGUGGAAGCCAAAAAAACUGACACCACUCAAACGUCUCAUGAGAUUGUGAAGAUGAGCUAUCCAGGUUACCCUGCCCAGUCAGGCGGCUACCCACCGCAAGCAGGUGGUUACCCUGCACAAGCAGGUGGUUACCCUCCACAAGCAGGUGGUUACCCUCCACAAGCGGGCGGAUACCCACCACAAGCAGGCGGCUACCCGCCCCAAGCCGGGGGUUACCCACCCCAAGCGGGUGGCUACCCUCCACAAGCGGGUGGCUACCCUCCACAAGCGGGUGGAUACCCACCACAGGCUGGGGGUUACCCUCCCACAGCGGGCGGUUACCCAACAGCAGGUGGUGGCUACCCUCCCCAGGCGGGCGGCUACCCUCCUCCGGCUGGAGGCUUUCCACCUCAGGCUGGAGGUUACCAACCACAGCCUGGAGCAGGAGGAUAUCCAUCCAUGCCUCAACAAGGUGGUGGCUGGGGGGCGGCACCAGGGGGCUACGGUGCUCCAGGAGGGGCUCCCCAGGGAUACCAAGGGGGGCCUGCGCCAGGCCAGCAACCCAUGCCUAACUACCCCAGUGGGGGCCCUGCCACCAACCCCUCUAUGCCAGUGUAUGGAAGCGGAGUUUCGUCCAACUCUCAGGCACCCGCCAUACCUAAAGGCUACAGAGGAUCUAUAAAGGACUUCCCUGGGGCCGAUCCUUUGAGGGAUGUGGAGGUUCUUCGUAAAGCAAUGAAAGGUUUUGGCACCGAUGAAAACGCCAUCAUUGAGCUUUUGGGAAGCCGCACCAACAAACAGAGGGUUCCCAUGGUAGCAGCCUACAAGACAACUUAUGGGAAGGAUUUAGCCCACGAUAUAAAGUCUGAGCUGACAGGAAACUUUGAAAAUCUUGUUCUUUCGAUGUUGAUGAGCCCCACGCGAUUUGAUGCCUCUGAGCUCAGAGAAGCUAUAAAGGGAGCAGGGACAGACGAGGCUUGUCUUAUCGAGAUCCUCUCCUCUCGCUCUAACGCGGAGAUUCGUGAAAUGUCUUCUAUUUACAAGUCUGAGUACGGGAAAACCCUGGAAGAUGCCAUCAGCAGUGACACCUCCGGCCACUUCCGCAGGCUACUGGUUUCCCUCUGCCAGGGCAAUCGCGACGAAAGGGAAACCGUUGACAUAUCCCUCGCCAAACAGGAUGCUCAGAAACUGUACGCGGCCGGCGAGAACAAAGUUGGCACAGAUGAGUCUCAGUUCAACGCCAUCUUGUGUGCUCGCAGCAAGCCUCACCUGCGGGCAGUCUUCCAGGAGUACCAGCAGAUGUGCGGUCGGGACAUCGAGAAGAGCAUCUGCAGGGAAAUGUCUGGCAACGUGGAAUCUGGCAUGGUGGCUGUUGUGAAAUGCAUCAAGAACACCCCUGCCUACUUUGCAGAGCGCCUCCACAAGGCCAUGCAGGGCGCCGGGACUAAGGACAGAACACUCAUCCGCAUCAUGGUCUCCCGCUCCGAGGUGGACAUGCUAGACAUCAGACAAGCUUAUGUGAAGACCUACGGGAAGUCCCUGUACACUCACAUCUCAGGCGACACCUCCGGGGACUACAAGAAGCUGCUGUUGAAGCUCUGUGGAGGCAACGACUAAAUGGACAAGUCUCAUGUCCACUCAAUGUUCAAUAUGUGUAGGAAAAUAUCACCUCUGAUGCAUGUAGACUACCUACAGUAAGUGUGUUUUACUCGUGCAUCUUAACGCUAAUGCUUGCCAAAUAGCCUAGACUUCCACACAUUUUUACCAAAAAAAAAAAGAGUGCAUACCACAAAUUUCAUGCAAAAUGAAGUACUUUAUCACUAUGUAGUCAAAUUGAAAAUGAAUGUCUAACACUGUGUGCCCCCAUAUUAACACUUCAUAGCUAUAUCAUGUAAGAAUAUAUAAACAAUAUUAUAUGUAUAAAAUGUUAGCUUUAUGUAGGUAUAAGUUUUAAUGAUAUUGAAAUAUUAGUAUUGCUAACCAGGAAAAAGAUUACCAUAUUUUCGGAGUAUAAGUCGCACCGGCCGAAAAUGCAUAAUAAAGAAGGAAAAAAACAUAUAUAAGUCGCACUGGAGUAUAAGUCGCAUUUUGUGGGGAAAUUUAUUUGAUAAAAGCCAACACCAAGAAUAGACAUUUGAAAGGCAAUUUAUAAUAAAUAAAGAAUAGUGAACAACAGGCUGAAUAAGUGUACGUUAUAUGAGGCAUAAAUAACCAACUGAGAACGUGCCUGGUAUGUUAACGUAACAUAUUAUGGUAAGAGUCAUUCAAAUAACUAUAACAUAUAGAACAUGCUAUAAGUUUACCAGACAAUCGCUAAAUCCCAUGAAAUCGUAUACGUCUAGUCUCUUACGUGAAUGAGCUAAAUAAUAUUAUUUGAUAUUUUACGAUAAUGUGUUAAUCAUUUCACACAUAAGUCGCUCCUGAGUGUAAGUCGCACCCCUGGCCAAACUAUGAAAAAGACUGCGACUUAUAGUCCGAAAAAUACGGUAUAUACAAUUUUUCCUCAAAUAGUACUCAAAAAAGUCGUUUUGGAUGUUGAAAAUGAUUUUAUGUCAUUAAUUAGACCAACCAGAUAAGGGGGGAAAAAAAGAUAAAUUGUUAAAUAAUACAAACAAAAUAAACAUUGGCUACGUCUCAGGGCCGUGCAGCAAGUGCCAACCCGAAUAGGUGAACAAAAAAACAGCUUACAUCUCACUUUGUUAAAAUUAUACCUCAUAAAAGUACGUGUGAUGCACAUUGGCGUGGUGUUAUGGCCGUGCAGCAAGUGCAAACCUGAAACGGCAUAUCAGAGAACAGCGCAAACGUUUCCUAUUAGAAGUUAUUUCAUAUAUAGGUACAGUGUAACCUCGACUUACCAACUUAAUUGGCACAAUUCGUAAAUCGAAACAUUUGUAUAGUGAAGCAGUUUCCCAUAAGAAACACUGUACAUAUUGGUUUUAUCUCUGACAAAAAUCCCUAUUUUAGUAAAAUAAUCAUUAGUAAAAGAAUACACUUUGAAGACACUGUGGGUGUGUGAUAUAUAUAUAU